GCUUUAUUACACAAUAUAUUGUUGUGGGCAAUGACACGCGUGCGGGGCGGAGGCUGCCGGGACGUUUAACUCUCUCGCGCGGAAUCCAAUUGGCCGACGGUUUACGUUUCCCCGCAAUGCAGCGGCGGCUCGGCGACGAUGCCGCCUAAGCUCACACGACUAAAAAGAAUAUCACGUGAAUGAUAAAGCAGGAAGAUAUAUACGUGAAAUAUAUGAGAUAUAUAUACGAGAGAGAUAUAUCGCGUGAAAUGGGGUCAACGAAUUUCUCGUGCUCAACUUGAGACGAUCUAUAAUCCGCGUCUUUUCCAGAAUAAAUUUCUUCCUUAAUGUGUAUAUGUGUACUUUAAUAUACAGUGCGUACGUACUGUAAUAAAUAAUUUAUAUAUGCAUAUGCAUUCCGAAUCAAUUGUUUCUUUGCAUUGCACGGCACAUAAAGCUAUAAAUAUAAUUCUAGUCUGAAUUUUAAGACGAAUUAUAGAUCGUCUACAGUGAGCUCUAAGUAGAAAUGCACGAUGAUACUCAAAAGACUGUAAUCUCAACGAAGAUGUCUCAGACAGCCGACAAGAUUUCUCCUCGGGAACGUAAGAUGAGAAAUUGAAACUGUCCGAGCGCAGGGAUCGGUGCCAUGCAGGUCCGUCUAGAUGGGAAGCUGGCGUUGCUGUACACUCUAUUGGUCUUGCAAGUUCUGAUUGUUAUGAUCUAUGUCGCCACAACCCCGCCGGCCGAGCUAGCUGCGUCAACGACUCGCGCAUCCGUCAGCUUCGUCAAGUUCGAGGCGUCGCAGGAGCUGCACGUAAAUCAGGGCAAUCGUAAAAAGUCACCAAUAUACCAGACAAUCAAUGGGGAGGUAGCGUUGAAGGACGUCAAGACGUUUAAGCUGUUCGAGGUGUACAAUCACACCGUGUGCUGGAAGUAUGGAGUGGAUCAGCGUAAGAUGAAGAGCAACGAGCAUCUGGAGAGAUGUAUCUGCAAUCAGGGGUGGCACGGCUUGGACUGCGGACAGCCGGAAGUCGUGUGGCGGGCGAUCAUGGCGUCGAAGCAGAACGUCAGCCUGAAACGACGGAGAACCGCCAGGCACGUGAUUCACACCUUCUUCCUGAGCGACUACAACUCGGCGAUCGCCGAGGUGAUAGUGGAGGAGCUCUACAACGUGGUGGACCUCUUUGUAAUAUGCGACUUCAACAACGCGGAGGACAAUUUCCGGCACAGGCUGUCCAAGGGACUGCUGCAGCGGGAGCAGAAGAAGAUCCUGUACGUCAACGUGGCGACGAGGUCCCACAAGCCGUUCAGAACGGUGUCGAGAUACGUCUGGGACAGGAUCAAGACUGUGGUGCAGAAUUUAAGGGACGACGACAUCUACGUGACGACGGAGCCGGAGCAGAUACUCAACUCCAGGGCGUUAAUGUUCCUCAAGGUCUACGACGGUUGGCCUCAGCCCAUCGGGUUUAGAUUAAGAUGGUCGAUAUACGGCUUCUUCUGGCAGCAUCCGCUCAAGACAACGAUCACCCUCGGCGCGUAUACCGUCGGUCUGAUGCGCGACGCCUAUCAGUCCAACUCGCUCGUGCUGCGACAGCAGUUGGACGGUGACACCGGCGAGAGAGAUAUUCUGGGAUUAGUCAUAGGUGACUUGAAUCACUACGGCGGGUGGUACUGCAAUCUGUGCCAGGCCCCCGCGAAUAUUAUUAUCGGUCUUCGCAAUAAAGUCCAGUCUAAGGAGAUUUAUAUCGAGAAGACUAUCGACGUGCCGUUCAUCGAGGACCUAAUAGGCAGCGGACUGUGGUUGGACGGUAAAACCGGUCUUCUGAGAGUCUCCAAGUCCAGCGAUUCCUAUUUCGCGCCAGAAACGAUUCUCAACAACACAUGGAAGUACGACUGGCUGGUGGAGAAUUUUUACGCUAAGCUAGAUUACUACUGACGUACUGGUCGCACCCGACUGUGAUAUUAACUCAUACUCGAUACUCAGUGUACACUAAUGUAAUAUUAUACUGAAUUUAUACACUAAAAUAUUACGUUGAACGAAAAUAUAAAUGUUAAAUGGUUUAUACAUAUAA